AUGGCGAGACGAGGCGCGUCGCCGCCUCCGGAAAGAAACACUCCCAAGCUUAACGUUCCGCAGCUGAGCGGUCGCACUCUCUCCAAACACAGCCGCGACAAUCGUCCCCAGAACCUGCGCGCCGUGCGGCCGUUCACUCAAACGGUCAGCUCCCAAAAGAGCCUUCACAAGGAUCGCAAAAUCGAUCAGAUCGCCUGGGGCGACGGGACGUGCGCCGACCCGCUUCCUCUCCUCGCUAGCGAGAUGAAUCUUCGCCAGCCGCCGUCAUCCACGCCCGCGGCAAUUGAAUGGCUGCUCCUUCGCGCGCAGGGCCUGUCGGCCGUUCUCGACGAACUUGACUUCGCGUGGUCGUACUCGCGUAAGCGCACGGCGCCUCCGCGAUCCCCGGCUGCAUACCUGUCCGCGUUCGAGCGGGAACUCCGCCGCGAGGCCCUCUACGCGGAGAUCCAGCAGCUCGAGACGAUGCUUCGCCCGCAGUGCAUCUUGCCCAGCCGAGAGCAACAGCAAGCCGGAGCUGCUGACGAAGUCUAUCCCCGCUGCAAUUGGCCUCGACAAGGAUCAAUUUUGCGUUCCACACCUGCACCGGUCGAAACCGCGGCAAUUGCUCUGGCCAUGCUCGCUGUGACCGAGGCUGCUCCCCCCGCCGCGUUCGCUCGGUGCCAGUGGCCGCGCGCAGUUGCCGCGGCUGUGGCUGGCGCCCGCUGCGAGUGGCCCCGCAAGGCUUCCGCUGCUCCUGCUUUCGCUUCUCGCGCGGAAUCCCCUGCGCUGGCUGCCCGUUGCGCCUGGCCGCGCACUUCACCCGCCGCCUCCUCCGGCCCCCGCUGCGCCUGGCCCCGACCGACAGCUCUCUCCGCACUCCCCGGCCUCUCUCCCGCCCCCACCGUCGCAACCAUCGGUGCGCACUGCGCAUGGCCGCACAAAUCAUCAUCAGCUGCAGCGGAGGCUCCUCGGUGCCUGUGGCCGCGCGCAACUUCUCCGCCACUGGCGGGAGCUUCUACCCCCGGCGCCCGCUGCAACUGGCCUCGUGCAGCGAGCGCUGUCGCUUCCGCGGAGACCGCGCCUGUUGAGCGCGCGCGGUGCGCGUGGCCACGUCAGGUGGCAAAUCCCGACGUCCAGGCGCUGCUUGAGCGGGCGCUAGUCCAGGCGGAAGCGACUGCGCCUCAGGCAGUGGAAGGGCCGCGGUGCGCCUGGCCCCGCGCGGGUGCUGCUCCUGCGCCGUCUCCUGCUGUUGCGGAGGGUCCCAGAUGCGCCUGGCCCUGCGGGGUCCCCGCCACCCCUGCGCCAACACCAGUGGAAAUUCCCCUUGGCCCCCGUUGCGCGUGGCCCAGGCAGACGGAGGCUAUUCAACGGUCAGCUGCUGCGGAGGAGCUUCAUGGCGAUAUGCUUCCGCAGAUUGCGCGGGAAGAGGCCAAGCUGGAGGCUGCUGGCCGCGUUUUUGAAAGGCGGCGCGUAAGGGCCAUCACACUUGGCGCGUAA